UAAAAUCAUGUCCGUCAAAGUUGUUCACCUUUAGAAUUUAUAAAAAAAAGUCUGCGACAGCAUAUAUCUCUUUUAAGAACGACUUAUAUGUGGACGAAGUCGCGUGGGACCGCUAUUACACAUAUUGGUUGUACUCACAACACAAGACUACACCCACAAAUCACACAGAGAAGAACAGAGAAGAAGAAAAUAUAUUGCUUAAUGAUCAGUCAAUAAUCAUCACAUAGGCCUUGGCAGAGGGAAAGAAUAAAGAAAAAACAAAAAAUAAGAGGCAUUGGUAUAUUAUUAUACUGCGUGAUUUUUUACUGCUCAAACUCGAUAGUAUCGGCAAUCGGUACCGCUUCAAUAGCGGCCUAUUCUGUUCUGUGGUGUGGUAAAAUAACAAAAAUCCAGAUACGCUGAUCAAUAUUUAUUUUGUGUUAUCAUCAUUAGUUCAAUUGUAAAUAUUUCCGCGUUUUUAGUUUAUACGCCAGCUUGGCUCAGUACUGAAGUGAUCUGUGACUUGACAUACAGGAGCUCGGAAAUCGUAUUUCGGAGAGCAAGUGGCUGAAGCAAGCCGCAAAGAAAUUAACAGAAAUGUUGUUUUGUGUGAAUCAUGCGGAAAUAAUAUACGUAAAAUGUACCCUGCGAUUUACACAGUCGACUUAAGAGACUGAGAACCCGUUCCGAAGUUGAAAAAAUGUAUAAGUAAAUUGGUAUAAAACUUAUUGAUUUCUUCGAUUUCAAAAUGUCUUCAUUUUAUUUAGUGAAAAUUAAGCUUAACUUUGUAUAAUCCGUCACAUUGAGCCAGUUUUUAUUUGUCACACACCGGUAAAAUAUAACUAAUAUGAAAAUAAUACAAUUUUCAAAAUGAUAGACAGUCGAGGACUUGCAUAUAGUAAGCACUCGUGAAGAAAAUGUGCACAUGUAGUUGAAACUGUGGUUGUGAAAGAAUAGUUGUGACGCCGUAACAGACAUGGACGUGAUAACCGAAGAUGAUAUUCCAUUGGACAACAUCAGCAAUGUCUUUAUUGAUUCUACAAACGAAUACUCGAUGUCUGAUAAUAGCUUACUGAUGGAUGUUCAUUUACUAGAUAAUUCAAUAUACAAAGAUCUCCAGAUCGAAGCUGAAGCUUCCAACUCUGAAUUGGAUGAACAAGCAUAUGGAAUACAGCCCCCGUUGAAAUAUGGAAGUGUCAAUUUUGGAUGCUCGCUAUGUUUCAAGGAAUUUGCCAAUGAACAUGAGUACAAUGAACAUAUGACGAUGCAUCUCCAGGCUGUGGCUAGUGAUAGCGACUGCGAGACAUUAGAAGCAUGCGAGCCUUGUACAUUUGCAAGGUCUGGUUGCGACUCUGCACACAUCACAGAGCAAGAGCGUGCAGUUCAGAAGCUGGAUGACUACUUCACCAUCCUCCCAUCUUCAGACUUAACUCAAAAUAUAGUCGCUGUUCCUCUGUUUGCGAGUCUAAAUAACGAAAUGGAAGUGUUGCCAACUGAAGAAGCUGACACGAUAGAUAAUAAUGAACAACUACUUGUAAUCGACGACGGUGAGUUAGCGAACCAACCAAUCGAUAGCAGCAUCAAAAUGAACGCAGACAUCAAUGCUGCAUUCAAUAAUUGUGUCGAAUUAUAUGUUAUCAAAGAUCUUGCACAAACGAAAACACCUUGUGAUACCCCAAAUGUUGAUAUUGCCCCCAAAGAUUUGCACUGUCAGUCAUUAAGCGGAAACGAAUUUUCUUCAGCGGAAAGCACGCAAUUACAGACUUGUGAAAAUAAAAGAGAUACAGGUAAGAAUACGAAAAAAAACCGGGCUGUAAAGUGUUAUUCUUGCAAGUUGUGCGAGUUUGAGUGUCCGAAAAAUGGAGAUUUAGUGAGGCACAUGAGCACUCACACCACUGAAAAAUCUAUUUGUUGCCAAUUAUGCGAUUAUAAAUGUGCCAAAAAGAGCAAUUUAUCGAGACACAUGAAGACUCACUCCGAUGACAAUUCUUAUUCUUGUGAUUUGUGCGAGUUCCAAAGCGCCAAAAGCAAAGCUCUAGUUUUGCACAAGAAAACGCACAAAAAAGUCAAAACCUUUCCAUGUAAAUUGUGCGACUAUAAAGGUGAAAAUAAGAACUCUUUACUGUCUCAUAUGAAAACCCACGCGGACGAUAAACCUUUUUCUUGUAACUUAUGCGACUACAAAUGCACACGCAACAGUGAUUUGUUGAGACACGCGCUAAAGCACGGUAGCAACAAAUCUUUUUCCUGCAACUUCUGCGAGUUUAGAUGUGCACAGAACUACAUACUAUUGAGGCACCUGAGAACUCAUAAAGGCGAAAAGUCGUACACAUGUGAACUAUGCGAGUACAAAUGUACGCAGAAUUACAAACUUUCGAGGCACCUGAGAACGCACACUGGUGAAAAGCCUUAUUCUUGCAAACUGUGCGACUACAAAUGCGCGGACAACAGUAACCUAACGAGGCAUAUGAAAACCCACAAUAGUAAAAAACCGUAUUCCUGUAAACUAUGCAAAUACAGAUUUGCGGCCAACAGUUACCUCAUAACGCACAUGAAAACGCACACUGCUGAAAAGCCUUUCUCCUGUGAGCUAUGCAAGUAUAAAAGUUCUUCAAACAGCUACUUGGUAUCACACAUGAGAACGCACACCGGAGAGAAGCCUUAUUCUUGUCAUUUAUGCGACUACAAAUGUGCACACAAAAGCACACUGACGCUUCACAUUAAAUCGCACACGGGUGAAAAGCCUUUUUCAUGUCUGCUGUGCAAGUAUAAAUGUUCUACGAACAGUUAUUUAGUCUCGCACAUGAGAACACACACGGGUGAGAAACCUUUUUCUUGUAAGCUAUGUGAUUAUAAGUGUGCGCAUAAUAGCACGCUAGCGUCACACAUGAGAACUCACGACGGGGACAAGCCACAAAUGUAACUAAAUUUUUUAACAUAAAGAAAAAUAACCAAUUUGUUGAAGACUUAGUCAAUGGUUUUUGAGAACAAUUUUCUUGUUAGCUUUGCGAUUAUAAAUGUACGUAAGCUAGUGUCCCACAUGAGUACUCACCUAUAAAAAGUCACAAAUGUAACUGAAGUAAUGAGAAAUUGCGUUCCACAUGAGAACUCAAGACUGAAAAAACCACAAAUGUAAUAAAGUAAUGAGAAGUUGCGUCCCACAUGAGAGAACUCAAGUUCCUAAAAGCCACAAAUGUAACUGCAGGAAUGACAAAUUGAGCCACACAUGAGAACACAAGUCUAAAAAAAGCAGAAGUACUGAGAAUUUGCGUUUCCCACGUGAGAACUAAGCCGCAGAAAAGCCAUAAUUGAACUGCAGCAAUAAGAAAUUGCGUCCCACAUGAGAACUCACGCGUAUGAAAAGCUGAAGAGUGUUUCGUAUACGGAGCGGUAAAAAUUAUUAACCCAUUACCAAGUCUAGUCAACGUUUUUUGAGAACAAUUUUCUUGUAAUCUUUGCGUAUUUAAAUUUGCGCAUGCUAGUACGCUAGCAUCCCACAUGAGAACUCGCAUUUAAAAAAAAGCCACAAAUGUAACUGAAGCAAGGAGUUACGUACCCACGUAGCGUUAAAGAAACGUAAAAAAUGCUUGAAUAUGAAGAAGAUAACACAUUUACUAAAAUGGUAGGCAGUGGUUUUUCAGACCGAUUUUCUUGUAAGCUUUGCAAUAAUAUGCGAUCUAAGAUGGGUUUCUACGCGAUAUCGUACCGGAACGCUGAGUCGCUUAGCGGCACGCCUUUGUCGGUGGGUGGUAUUAAGCCACUGCCCUGAAGCCUCACCAGACCAGGGAAAAUUCAGAAAUUAUAAAUUUUCAAUUUCCCUCGUUGGGAAUAUAUACUAAGUCGAUGUUUAUUGCGAAAUUGAGUGUCUGUAAUCCACCAUUAAUGUUAGUAGCAUCCCACUUACUGCUUCUCUCUUGCGUGCCUUGUGAUCCUCUGCAAUCUCUCUACUAAAAGUGGAAAAAGAAUCUUCACAAAUGGAAAAUUAUUUCCGCCAAAAAUGUCUAACCAUUUUUGGGUAAAAGAUGUUUUUUUUUGUAUUUAAAUAUCUCUAUCUAUACAAUUUUAUAAAGUUUAAGUGUCCAUCUGUGAUCUCAACUUAAUUACCUUCUAUCUAUACAAUUUAAUACAAUGUAAGUCUAUCUGUGAUUUUUAAAUAAAUGUCUUAUUAAGCUUG